CUCGACCAUCUCGGCAGCACCUCCAAUCCGCGAUAAACAAUUCUGCCCGUAUUUCUCCCCCUCGGCUUGAUCAGCUGGCAAAUCGAUCCCAAACACAACCACUAUUCCAUCUGCUUAAUUCACAUACAACCUACAUCCAAUCAAACCAGACACACACACAAUCACAACCAUGGGCAUCACCAAGCGCAAAGAAGGCCCCAGCAGCAAGGGCAAGCCCGUCCGACCGUCCAAGAAGCAGAAGGCGCAAGCAUUGGCCGCCUACCACAGCAGUUCAGAGGAGGAAUCCGACAACGAGCAGCAAGAUGUUGAAGACCAAAGCGACGAGGAGGCCGGCACCUCCGCCGUUCCCGCCCACCUCCUCGACUCGGACGACGAAGACCUAGACAACCUCGUUGCCGACGAUGGCGCAUCCACAGACGAAGAGCAAGCAUCCGACUCUGAUGAUUCCGAAGCCGAACAACCAUCAAACAAGUCCUCCAAGAAGUCGCAAACAAAACCCAAAUUCGUCGCCAAAGACGCCCCAGAUUCCGAAGACGACGAGGACGACUCCCUAGACGGCGGUUCCGACCUGGGCUCCGACCUCGACGAUGAAUUCGACCUCGACGGCUCGGGUGAUGAGAACGGCAACAGGAGACAAACCAAAUCCAAGCGCAACGAUCCCGACGCCUUCGCCACCUCCAUCACCAAAAUGCUUUCCUCCAAGCUGCCCGCCUCGCGACGCGCCGACCCCAUUGUCGCGCGCUCCGCCGAGUCUGCAGCCGCCGCCAAGUCCCUGGUCGACGCAGCGCUCGAAGCCAAGGCGCGCAAGCGUUUGCGCGAGCAGAAGCGUCUGGCCUUUGAGAAGGGUCGGGUGCGUGAUGUGUUGGUCCCUAGCAAGACUAGGACGCUCAACAUCCAGACGGGCGAGAUCGAGGAGAUUCCGGAUGGAAAGGAGGGCGAGCAGACGACGGGUCAGAUUCUGGAGACGGAGAGGAGGCUGAAGAAGACGGCGCAGAGGGGUGUGGUGAAGCUGUUUAAUGCGGUUAGGGCGGCGCAGGUCAAGGCGCAAGAGGCGGAACGGGCGGCGAGGCAGGAGGGAAUCGUGGGUGUGAAGAGGAGGGAAGAGAAGGUUACGGAGAUGUCGAGGAAAGGGUUCUUGGACUUGAUUGCGAGCGGUGGUGGGGGGUUGAAGAAGGGUGGCUUGGAGGAGGCUUAAGGGAAUUGCAUUCUGGUGUAGAGGGGUGAUUGUUUAUUGUGUUUGCAUAUUGUCAAGGUCUAGGCUAUUUUCUUAUAUACAACCCCGUGCCCUUGAUCUGGGGCAAACAGUUGAACAACGUACAAGCCCCAUGCAGAAGUAUGAACAGUCAACAUGCUCUUGCCAAUCCGUCAUAUCC